AUGGGAGUUAGCCCCAACCCCAAUUGGGACCCUGCCCUUUCUGCAAAGGUAACCACUGGAGGUCUAACUUCCUCCCUUGUAUCAUACCCAGUUGUACCCCAGGGAUAUCAACCUCUCCAGAAGCGUCCAGAGGACUCCUAUGAGGGCCUCGCAGAGUCUGAUGAUCUCAUCCCAUACAGGAAGCAGGCGGGGGGAGUUCGGGCUUUCCCGGGACCCCCGCGAGGUCGCGAAGGCCGCGCGGACGCAGGGCUUCAUCCCUGGCCGUUCCCUUCUCUUUCGCUGGGCCCUGCGCGCGCGCGCACCCGCUGGCCGCCAGACCCGCACGCCACAAGCUGGGCGCACGACCCAGGCCGCAAACGCCAGACGUGGUCCGGGCCCCGCAAAGCGGUGCGGAGGGCCGGCUGUGUUUGCUGCGCCCCUGGCUCACGCAGCCUCCGCUCCGUCAGCCCCGCCCUUCGCGCCGGCUCCACCAAUCAUGGGCCUCGUCGCUGCAGCCGCACCUGCAAGGAGGAGCCCGCGCGCUGCCGCCGCCGUCGCAGCGUCCCCGCCCCGUUCGCGGCGUCCGGCGAUCACACGCCGCGGCGCCCGGCUCCCCGCAGGCGAGGAGCGGAAGCCGCUAUCCGGGAGGCGAACGCUGGCCCGACUGAGCCGCGGCAACGGCGAGGUGCGGUGCUGGGACGCUCCGCGGACCCCACGACCCGGAGCGUGCGAGCGCCCCGAGCGGGCAGCCCGGCCGGGGAAGGCGGCCGCGCUCGGGCGCCCCUUGCGCAGCGCUCCAUGCCCGUGUGGUGCUGCCGCUGCUCCCUGGCCGGUCAUUUCAGAAACUAUAGUGACACCGAAACUGAAGGAGAAAUUUUUAAUUCCUUAGUGCAAUAUUUUGGUGAUAAUUUGGGGCGAAAAGUUAAAACGAUGCCAUUAGUUGAAGAAACUUCUUUACUUGAAGGUUCAUCAGUCAGUUUACCUGUGGUAAUAAUAGGAAAUGGACCCUCAGGAAUAUGCCUUUCUUAUAUGUUAUCAGGCUACAGACCAUAUUUAGCACCAGAAGCAAUACAUCCAAAUGCAAUCUUGCAUAGUAAAUUAGAAGAAGCCAGACACCUUUCCAUCGUUGAUCAGGACUUAGAGUACUUGUCUGAAGGCCUUGAGGGCCGAUCAUCCAAUCCAGUUGCAGUGCUUUUUGAUACACUUCUUCAUCCAGAUGCUGAUUUUGGAUAUGAUUAUCCAUCCAUUUUGCACUGGAAACUAGAACAACAUCAUUGUAUCCCUCACUUAGUUCUUGGUAAAGGACCACCUGGCGGAGCUUGGCAU